UCCCUACUUCCCUCUCUCCCUCCCUCCCUUUUUCCAUCCCUCCUCCCUCUCUCCAUCCCUUUUACCCUCCCUUCAUUCCUCUCCCUCCAUUCCUCCCUCCCUCCCUUCCUCUUUCUAUCCCUCUCUGUCCCCCUCUUUUUCUCCCUUCUUCCUUCUCUCUCUGUCUCUGUCUCUUUCUCUGUGUCUGUCUCUGUCUCUCUCUCUCUCUCUCUCACACACACACACACUCACUCACCAAAGCAGGUCUUCCCUGGAUUUGACAGAGAGAUCCAGUCUGACCCCAUCCGUGUCUUUGCUCCUUGUCAUCCAAAGCUUUGUUACUUCAUCACCCAUUGUUGAGUCCUGGAGGACAGAAAUGGGAGAAACCAGAAGGAAAAAGUUCUUCAGGAAACAGUCUGGGCUUGGGGCGACAAUGUAGCAGACUCCAACUAAGUUCCUUUGAAAAGACUGGCCCUGUGUGAUGUAAGCAGUCUAGAACUUCACGCCUUCUAACCUUCCAGCCAGUUAAUUUUCACCCAAAGCCAUCUCACCUGGGAGCAAAGCCUCCCUGACCAUGCUUGACCCCAAAGUCCUAGAAGUCCCCGCCGUGAUAUUUGACAAUGGCUCUGGACUGUGCAAAGCAGGUAUCGCUGGGGACAACGUCCCCCGCUCGGUCAUCACCGCCAUCGUGGGCCGCUCCAAAGCCAAGGCCACCAUGUUGGGAGCUGGACAGAAGGAGUACUACGUUGGAGAAGAGGCGCAGUCCAAGCGAGGGGUGCUGUCCCUGAACUAUCCCAUCGACCAUGGCAUCGUGACUUCCUGGGAUGACAUGGAACAUAUCUGGAGGCACGUCUACGAGUGCGAGCUGAGAGUCCAGGCCAACGAGCACCCGGUCCUGCUGACGGAGGCUCCGCUCAACCCUCUGCAGAACCGAGAAAAGAUGACAGAGAUUAUGUUCGAGAGCUUUAAGGUGCCCGCCAUGUACGUGGCCGUCCAAGCCACGCUGGCCCUCUACGCCUCGGCCCGGACCACAGGAAUAGUCAUGGACAGUGGAGACGGGGUUACCCACACUGUGCCCAUCUAUGAGGGCUACUGCUUGCCCCAUGCAGUCUCCCGCCUCGACGUCGCGGGUCGGGACAUCACCGAGUACCUCAUGAGACUUCUGUUGGAAAGCGGACAUUCCUUUGUGAGCACUGCCGAGAGAGAGAUAGUGAAAGACAUUAAAGAGAGGCUGUGCUAUGUGACCUUCGACCCCAUCCAAGCCAUGAAAAUUAAGUCAGAAGAAAUCCUCAAAGAGUAUAAGUUACCAGAUGGAAACAUUAUCAAGAUCGGCAACCAGCUCUUCCGAGCCCCCGAAACCCUGUUUAUGCCAGCAAACAUUGGCGUCGAAGCCCCCGGGGUCCACAAGAUGCUCUUUAACAGUAUUCGAAAAUGUGACAUUGACGUUCGGAAAAACCUUUAUAGUAAUAUCUUACUCUCCGGAGGUUCCACGCUCUUCCACGGGCUGGACGAGCGGAUUCUGAAAGAGAUCCAGCUCCAGGCUCCCGGGGGCAUCUCGGUCAGGAUCAUCGCCCCGCCGGAACGGAAGUACUGCGUGUGGAUCGGAGCUUCCAUCCUCACCUCCCUCACAUCUUUCAAACACAUGUGGAUCACGACAUCGGAUUACAAGGAGUUUGGCCCGACCAUGGUUCACCGGAAGUGUUUCUGAGAAGAGCGAGGGACUCCUCCUCACUCCCACCCCCCCUACACACACGCAAGUGGAGUCUCAGGACAUCAGAGGGGUUUGUCUCAGGAAGCUGUGGACCAGUGAACUACCCUGCAUGCCGCCCACCGCUGUUGGUGUUUGAGGUAGCUGGACAAAGUUUAAAGAAAAAUAAAGAUUUGAAACCAACCAGAA